AAAAUUAACUAUUAGAGAGGAAAAUUCCGUCCUUGUCUCAUGGACUUGGUGCGCAUAAAUACAGAAACUGCAGUAUUGAAGGCAAGCAAGAAAGCUUUCAGAAAAGUUCCAAAUAUCACUAAAGCUAUAAAUGCACUUACUUGUUUAAAAGGUAUUGGUCCUGCAUCUGCAUCAGCAAUUCUAGCAGCUGGUUAUCCGGAACAUGCUCCAUUCAUGGCUGAUGAAAGUAUGUUGUCUACUCCAGGAAUUGAAACUACAGAUUAUACUUUAGCAGAAUAUGUGAACUAUACUGCACAAAUAAAAGCAUGUAGUGAUCGUUUAAAUGAGCAUGAUAAAGAAACCAAGUGGACUCCUCAUAAAGUAGAAUUGGCACUGUGGACACAUUUCUUGGCAAGAGAGCUGAAACCAUCUAUUCUCGAUGAUUUACCUAAAUAUGAUGAAGAUGCAACUCCAAACGGAAAGUCAAGCAGCAAUCAUUCAGAUAAAGACAAAUCUGUACGUGAUGCAUUGAAACAAUUGGAUCAAGAUGAUUCUUCAAAUGAACCCGUUGAUAAAAACAUCUACAAUGCACACUUGAAUAUUGGCGAAGAUAGUGAGGUAUCCAAUAGUAGUUUGGAGGCCACUGAUGAACCCCCAAGUAAAAAGCCUUGCAUUUAGCCUUAAUUGUAGCCUCUGUACCCUCUUCACUUUUUAUCAAGGUACAUAAAAUUCAUGUAAAGGAAAACGAAACAAACUCCUAUUUUUCUAUCUUAUUCAUCUUUAUUUUAUUGCAGGUAUUUGAAUUUACAUACCAUUGCUAUAGAACAAUGAUUCAUAUCGUUCACAAUAUUUAGGAAUUUUUGUCAUGCAACAAGUGAAGGUGCAGAUUUCAUAUAGUGUAUCUUAUUUCUUUUUUUGCACAAAAUCCUCUUAGCUAUUGAUGCAAAAAGAAAAAAAAAAAUUAUAUCUAUAUCUAUAUACACAGACACACACACACACCACACUAGCAUGCAUUCCUCUGAAAUGUCAUAUUAAAAAGUACAUUCCUUGUGAAUUUUUGUUUCUAAUUUGUGCUUGUCCUUGAUAUUGUUUUGUAUAAGGUGAUCAGAUUUUUUGAAAUUAAUUAUUAUUUUUAUUUAGAUAGUUAUAAGAAAUUAAAUUGGAUAGUUUUUUUAUAGGAAAAAAAUGGUAAAUGUAAAUAUAUUAUAUGCACUUUCUAAGAUUAAAUGUGAAUGUAGCAGUUGGAAUUACAAAGCAGCAUUAGGAGAUGUUUGCUGGUUUUUUUAAUCAUGCUAAUCUAAAAUUUUGUACUUAAAAAAAAUUAACUGUGUGAAUAAACAUUAUUGAUAAAUGUUCAAUAAAUUGCACAUUGUUUUUAUAAUUGUAAAAAUGACAAUAUUGAUCUUUGCAGUUUAUCAGAUGAUAAAUAACAGAUAUGCAGCCUAUUCAAAUGUUGAUUUAUAUGACUAGUUUGAUUAUUAAGUUUUAUUCUUGCUGAUUUGAGUACAUUUUGCAAAAAUAAUUUGUUUUAAAGAU